ACCAGCAAGUAAGCAUGGCUUUCAGAUUUUCACUUGCAGCUCUCUUCUUAUGUUUUUGUACUAUUAAUUUGGUAGCUUCCACAAUCGUAUCACACGACGGUAGAGCUAUAACAAUCGACGGUAUUCCACGAGUAUUACUUUCCGGUUCGAUUCAUUAUCCGAGAAGCACGCCUCAAAUGUGGCCAGACUUGAUAAAGAAAUCAAAGGAAGGCGGAUUAGAUGCAAUUGAAACAUAUGUGUUUUGGAAUGCACAUGAACCAUCUCGUCGUCAGUAUGAUUUCAAUGACAAUCUUGAUCUCGUAAGUUUCAUCAAGACAAUUCAAGAUGAAGGACUAUAUGUCGUUCUUCGUAUUGGACCUUAUGUUUGCGCUGAAUGGAAUUAUGGAGGGUUUCCUGUAUGGUUGCACAAUGUUCCCGGCUGUGAAAUGCGAACUGCAAAUUCAGUAUUCAUGAAUGAGAUGCAAAAUUUUACAACUUUGAUAGUUGAUAUGAUGAAACAACAUAAUCUUUUUGCUUCUCAGGGUGGCCCUAUUAUCCUUGCUCAGGUUGAAAAUGAGUACGGAAAUAUAAUGGAUUCAUAUGGAGCAGCUGGCAAGGCAUAUAUAGAUUGGUGUGCUAAUAUGGCUGAAUCACUUGAUAUUGGAGUUCCAUGGAUCAUGUGCCAACAAACUGAUGCUCCUCAACCAAUGAUCAACACUUGUAAUGGUUGGUACUGUGACCAAUUUACUCCAAAUAAUGCAAAUAGUCCCAAAAUGUGGACUGAGAAUUGGACCGGUUGGUUUAAGAGCUGGGGUGGUAAAGUUCCACAUAGAACUGCUGAAGAUCUUGCGUUUGCUGUUGCUAGAUUUUUCCAAACUGGUGGCACUUUCCAAAAUUAUUACAUGUAUCAUGGUGGUACUAAUUUUGGAAGAACGGCCGGUGGUCCGUUUAUCACUACUUCUUAUGAUUAUGAUGCUCCCCUCGACGAAUACGGAAACUUGAAUCAACCAAAAUGGGGACAUUUAAAACAACUUCAUGACAUUUUACAUUCCAUAGAAUACACUCUUACUCAUGGCAACAUCUCCACAAUUGACUACGACAAUUCUGUUACGGUCACUCUUUACGCGUCUGAAAAAGAGUCGAGCUGCUUUUUUAGCAACGGAAAUGAAACCUCGGAUGCUACUAUUGAUUUCGAAGGGACUAAUUACGACAUUCCUGCAUGGUCCGUUAGCAUUCUUCCUGAUUGCAAAAAUGUUGGAUAUAAUACUGCUAAGGUUAAAACUCAAACUUCAACUAUGGUAAAAAAGAAAAAUGAAGCUGAAGAUGAACCCUCUUGUCUGAAAUGGUAUUGGAUGCCUGAAAAUAUUCAAAAGACUGCAAUUUUAGGAAAAGGUCAAGUUCAUGCCAGUCAACUCAUUGAUCAAAAAGAUGUUACUAAUGAUGUUAGUGAUUAUCUUUGGUAUAUGACGAGUGUUCAUCUAAGUAAAGAUGAUCGGAUUUGGAGUCGUAAUAUGUCUCUUCGAGUUAACGGCACUGGCCAUGUUCUUCAUGCUUAUGUUAAUGGAGAAAAUCUUGGUAUUCAAUAUAAAUCAUCCAAUGUGUUGGAAACAAGUGUCAAGUUGAAACAUGGAAGAAAUAUUAUUAGUUUGCUCAGUUCCACCGUCGGAUUACAGAAUUAUGGAUAUCAAUUUGAUAUGGGAGCAACUGGAAUUCCUGGACCAGUGGAACUAAUUGGUCAAAAGGGUGAUGAAAAAAUUAUUAAAGAUCUAUCAUCCCAUAAAUGGACAUAUAGUGUUGGAUUAAAAGGAUUUGACAAUGAACUAUUCAGUUCAAAUUCACCUCAUGCUUCUAAAUGGUUAGACCAAGAUUUGCCCACCAACCGAACCAUGACUUGGUACAAGACCACAUUUAAAGCUCCUUUAGGAAAAGAUCCGGUUGUUCUGAAUUUGCAAGGGAUGGGAAAGGGAUUUGCUUGGGUGAAUGGAAAUAACAUUGGUAGGUAUUGGCCAAGUUAUGUUGCUGAUGAAGAUGGCUGUAGCAAUGAAGUUUGUGAUUACAGGGGUGCUUAUGAUAACAAUAAAUGUCUCACUAAUUGUGGAAAUCCUACACAAAUAUGGUAUCAUGUUCCUCGUUCAUUCUUUGUUGAAAAUGAUGAUGUGAACACAUUAGUAUUGUUUGAGGAAUUCGGCGGGAAUCCGGCUGAAAUUAAUUUUCAAACUAUUACGGCGGGAGAAGUAAGUGUAAGUGGAAGUGAGGGCGAAACCGUCGACCUAUCUUGUAAUGAUAAACCCAUUUCAGCAAUCAAAUUUGCAAGUUUUGGAGAUCCUCAAGUAACUAAUGUAGGCUUUAUCAAAGGUUCUUGUGAAGGUGUUAAUGAUGCUUCCUCAAUCAUUCAUAAGGCUUGUGUUGGAAAGGAAGCAUGCAAAAUUCAAGUCUCUAAAGACAUAUUUGGCUCAACAAGCUGCGGGGGUGAAUUUGUCAACAUUUUAGCUAUUGAGGCUGUUUGCUGAAUUUUUAUGGAUUAGAAUUUAGUUAGUGCUGUUUUAGUUAGGUCUAGCUAGUUUUUGAACUUCUUAAAAAUCAAAUGUAGUCAUUUAUUCAAAUUUUUAAUCAGAUUUUUGUUAGUUUUCUUGCAAUUCAAUCCACUUGGGUCUAGUUCUAUGCGA